AUGUCUAGAGCAGAACCAUCAGAACAUACCAUUGCUGCUAACCAAGAAGUGGCAAAUACCUUGCCCUUUCAUAAUAAGCAGGAUUUCGUUGAUGCACUACGUGGAAAGAUUAAAGAACUAUUUCCACGUAAAGUUUAUAAAGAUGGUACAGGCGAACUGGUAUGGGACUUGACACAGUAUGAUUUUCAACAGCAACUUGACGAUAACACCUUUCCGGCAUGUCCAGACUCCUGUAAUCCUAGUCUGUGGAGAGUAGCAUUACUGAAUGCUGUAUCGGGAGUAUUUGAAGUAGUUCCAGGCAAAGUUUUCCAAGUUCGCUGUUAUGACAUCGCUAACAUGUCUGCAAUUAAGAGCGAUAACGGCUGGAUUAUUAUCGAUCCGAUGACUGCAACAGAAACAGCAAGAGAAGCUUUAAAAAAUCUCAAUGCAGCUUAUAAAGAGCGUUAUCCAAACGUUACCCAGCAAGAAGGAGAUCCACCCAUCAGAGCUGUAUUUUUUACUCAUUCUCAUACUGAUCAUUUUGCUGGAGUUUAUGGUCUUGUACCAGAUCCUAACGUAGAUACUUUACCAUUUCCUGUCUACGCUCCACCAGACUUCUUGCAUGAAGCAGUUAGUGAAAAUGUUGUUGCUGGCACAGCCAUGAUUCGUCGUGCUUUGAUCCAAUGUGGUAAGUUAUUACCCGUUGGCGAGCGAGAUCACGUUGAUGUUGGCAUCGGUAAGCAAAGUGGUGGUGGUAGCGGCGGUAUCUAUGCAGCUGAAGAAAUCCAAUUUGAUGGCGAUUUAAAAACAAUGAACGUUGAUGGUGUCGUAGUCGUGCUUUUAAAUGCACCAAACACGGAAGCUCCAUCAGAAAUGAUGAUCUACUUUCCACAGUGGAGAUCCUUUUGCUCAGGUGAAGAUAUGACGCAUACCUUCCAUAACCUUUUGACUCCGCGUGGAGCUAAAGUGCGUGAUCCAUUGACGUGGUCCAAAUGUCUGAAUAAAGUCCUUCGCUAUUUUCCUAACAUUGAAUCAAUGUUUGCAUCUCAUAACUGGCCAACUUGGAUUAAUCAUUUCGAGAAUGGGCCUUUUGAAUCUGGUCGUAUCACCAGCAUGAUCAAAAAACAAAGAGAUCUUUACAAAUAUGUCCAUGAUCAAUCUAUGCGAUUAGCCAAUAAUGGUUAUACUAUGCAAGAAAUUUCAGAAGCACUUCAAUUGCCACCUUCUUUGGCAAAUGAAUGGUGUAAUCGCGGUUUAUAUGGUACAGUCGUGCACAAUUCCAAGGCCGUUUACCAACGCUACAUUGGCUGGUUUGAUGCUAAUCCUGCUUCAAUGCAUCAACUACCACCUGCUCGAGCUUCAGAAGAAUAUCUUCGAUAUAUGGGAUCACUUGCAAAUAUUCUGUCGAUAGCUACUCAAGAUUAUAAUGACGGCAAAUAUCGUGCUGUUGCUAUGGUAUUGAACAACGUUGUUUACGGUACCCAUCGCGCUCACGACCAAGGAACACUUUCAGCAGCUGAUGAACAGCUUAGGACAUCAGCAAUCAACUUAUUGGCUAAUACUUACGAUCAGAUGGGUUAUCAAGCAGAAUCGGGCGCUUGGCGAGGUUUCUACUUAACAGGUGCUUCAGAACUUCGCAAUGGUGGACCACAGGGCCAAGGAACUUACCCUAUAUUUAAUUUAAGGACUGUCAGAGCCAUGAACUUAGAAUUGAUUUGUGACUAUUUAUCGGUUUUGUUUAAUCCAGAAAAUGUCAGUGAUGCUCAAUAUACUUUUAAUGUCACCAUUACUCCUACCUUUAAUCCUAGCGGCAAGGGAAAUUCCAACUUUAACAUUCCCGGUAGCAGUUACAUGAAAUGGUAUGUGGAAAAUUCAGUUUUUAAUUCAGAUACUGUCCUUUCCCACUCAGGAGCGGAUGAGAAAACAGCUGCUAUUGUUAUGUCUCGCUUUACAUUGGAUGAGUUGGUUGUAGGUACUCCUGGAAAUCAGCUCAUUGAUGAAGGCAAAAUACAUAUACUGCCGGGUACAGGUGGAGAAGCACAAGUCAGACUUUUCUUUGCAGCAUUGCAGUUGCCUACAUUUUGGUUUACCACCACUUUCCCCAAUUACUUUUAAAAUAAUGCGUAAUGCCAUCGGUUUAAUGCGUAAAAAUAGCUAUUGAUAACUGCCGAUGAAAUAUCUUUGUUCUAGUUCAUUUAAUCUCUAUAUCUUUGUAAUUUAGUGCAGUGGCUACAGGAAGCGAUCAUGCUUGAUACUCGGAAUUUAUCGUUUGACCAGGAUUAGUCGCUAACGUAUUAUCAGUAAUAAAAGGAUAUUAUUUCUGACAAUUAUCACGCGAAUUUACGACCAUUUAUUGGCCUUAUUUUACGAUCUCUUUCUUAACUAUGUUGAUCGUUACGACCAAUUUUGAAUGGGUUAAUUCGUAUUACAUCUUGUGAGAUUAUUCUAAUUGGUCUAGUGUAGCAUUUCUGAAUUGUUUACUUAACGGUGCUGUGCCUAAUAAAAAGUAAUUUUAAC